UCUUUAUUGACUUCAGUCGCUCGUCCAUAUUGACAAUAAGUCUUAGCUUCGCAGCCAUGACGCUGAUGGAUAACUGCCUUUGAGAGCCAUCAUAUCGUGCAUUCACCGAGCACAUUCUCUGACUAGAAGCACUGCGAUAUCCAUCACAGAUCUCAAUGCUGAAUUGAACGAAUCGGCCCAUUCGCAAGCGCAUCCAGUGAACCAUGCGGAUACAUUCAAGAUGCUUCUUAUAUACAUAUACGUAAUAUUCCUCCUAUCUCUGCUUGCCAGAGCCAAUGUCGAAAAAACCAUUUUCAUCGCACCCUCGGCACGCUCUACGGACCUAAACCUCGAUGAGCUAGGGCUCAAACGCCUCACGCCCGCAAGUGGCAUAUUCCGGACGAGACUCAAUGCCUCAUUCCCGACGAAUGCUGAGACUCAUGGCACAGAUUCCUGGUAUUCUCUUGAAAACCUCUGUCCAGGACAGCGGUACGAGGUGCGCAUUUGCUGGCUGGCUACUCAACCAACCGCAUUUACUCUAUCAACAUAUACCAUACCAGAAGUCCUAGAAGACCGCGCUCUUUCCGACGCCCUAAACUCCUACUUGUCUGCAGUGAUCACGCACAAUCGCCAAGAUGGUGUUUCGGCUGUUGCAGAUACAGCACUAGAGCCGGACUCGGUGCUACUCCUUCGGAUUUCAGCCGCGGCAGAUUAUUUCUCGCUUGACCAGGAAUUGAUGGAAAACGUUCCACCCGUACUAGCAGAUAUCAUCCUCGAUCCAUUUUUAGGUAAUGUGUUUCCGAAGAGCCUUGUUCCGACUGCGGCUUGGAUAGGCAUUGUUUCCUGUAUGGCGGUUGUUCUAGCAAGGUGGAUCGCUACAGAAUUUGCAAGUGUGGUGAGUUCCACUGGUGUCCAUGAACAGGCAAAUGGAAAGAAGGUUCAAUGAGACAAGAGAAAACGGUGUUUGAGAACCCGGAAGAAGCAAUGCUACAACCACUUGGCGGUAGUUUUAUUGGAUGGCAUAAACUUUGCGCAGCGUUCGGGACCCUGCGACGCCAUACAUGACCAACAAACAAUCCUGCCUGUUUGUAUCGAAGCCAAUGGCUUCUAAAUUACUCAAGGAACAUAAAUGCAGUCAACAAACAGCAUUCUACAUUAACAUCAAAU